UGUGUUGUGUAGUAUGGUACAGUUCAGAGGAUCACUAUCUAUCACAGCGCAAAAGUAACGCACGCAUGAACUCAAAAAAGUGAAAGCAUGAAAAAAACACAACAAAAUGAAAAAAACACACUAUUUUUUCCUUAUUUUCUCAGAAUUCUAGUUGUUGUGAGGAACAGAGCUUGUUGGAUCAGGAAGAACAAGCAAGGUUGAUCUGCUUCUUGUUGCUCUGGUAAUCCAAAAAAGGAAAAAAAAAGAGAGAAGAAGAUCUGAAAGCUUUCUUGUACCAAACUCAAAAUGCAAGGUAGAUCCCCGGACCAGGAAUCAAUAGGGUCUGGGACAAAGAGGUCCAGUGCAUCAUCUGGUAGUAGGUCUCGGAAUCAGAAGGAGUUCUUCUAUAAAUUUGUUGAUAGUGACAACUUAACUGCAAAACUUGUAGACUGGUUUGAAUCAGUGACAGAAAAAAGUGAACUGAAACAGCCUGCAUUUGAUGUUCCAUUUGAGUUAAUUGAACUUCAAAAAUUCGAUUAUGCAUUGGAAGGGAUUUCAUUUCAGCAGCUGACCCGCAUGCCUAAUGCUGUUCAUGCUUCUUCAUCUGAUGCAGUGGAAGCAACAGCUUGUCUUGCUAUUGAAGAUUUCCUGCAUGCUAGUAUAAAGGGUUUGUGGGAGGCAUUUUGGAAUCAAGAUGAGCCCAUGCCUUUUUCUGUCGCUUGUCUGUAUAAUGCUAACAUGAAAUUUUAUCAGGCUGAAACGGCUAUUGCUAAUGGAAGGCUCGGAGGUCUGUGUGCAACUGGUUUAUUGCUCAAUAAUCCUAGACAUCCUCAUGGAAAAUGGGAUCAUGUCCUUGAAUUGGCACUUCUAAGGCCUGAUAUUAGAGGUCUUGCUUUUGGCAGUGACCGCCAGCCUUCUCCGUCCGUUCUAGGAGAAGCUCUAUUUUAUGCCAUUCGAGUGCUAUUGGCAAGGAGUUUGAGUAGACUUUCUUUCUUUCUGGAUCCAAGCACAGUCUUUAUUCUUAUAGUUGAUUCUCAAUAUGGGGGAGUUGUAAAAGUUGAAGGAGAUGUAAAUAUGCUCAAUUUUGAUGUGAAUAAUGUUUAUGAAUGUGCUGCUGAAUGGGUAAAAAAUCAUUCUAGAAUUUCUGUUUCUCCAAUGUAUAGGAUCUGGAACAAACUUGGAAAUGCAAACUGGGGAGAUAUUGGUUCUCUACAGAUAUUAUUUGCAACCUUCCAUUGUAUUAUGCAAUAUGCAGGAAUGCCCAAGAACUCUAUUGAGGAUUUAGCUGCUGAUCAUAGUUCACGCCUCCAAGCAAGAAGAAUAGAGAGACACUUAGGAGAUGCCACAGUGAACGAAAAUGGCCUAUUUAGAUACCAGCAACGCAGUGUUUCCCCUGAAAUCGUUGAAGUUCAGGAUGACCCUGUCAAAAUUGAUUCCAAGGAGUCAAUGAAAUUAGAAGAAGGAUCCAUGCUAUGGCUGGAGGAUUCAGAUUGGCAAAAGGGUUAUCAGAUAAAAGAAGUAAUCAAUACUGGUGAAUUCACAUACUAUAUUGCAUCUAAUGUUGAAGACCCUGGAAAAAAUCUAUUUCUAUAUGUUGGCUCUCAUCCCUCCCAGCUGGAGCCAGCAUGGGAAGAUAUGAAUUUAUGGUAUCAGGUUCAGAGGCAGACCAAAGUAUUGACAAUAAUGAAGCAGAAAGGUCUCUCAUGUAAAUAUCUGCCUCAAUUGAGUGCAUCUGGUAGGAUCAUACACCCUGGUCAUUGUCGAAGACCGAGCUCAGGUGGAAAUUGUGACCACCCUUGGUGUGGGACCCCUGUUCUUGUGACCAGUCCUGUUGGUGAAACAGUAGCUGAAAUGGUACGCACGGGCCAAUUUGGUCCAGACGAGGCUAUCAAAUGUUGCCAUGAUUGCUUAUCAGCACUUUCAGCUGCAUCCUCUGCUGGAAUUCGACAUGGAGACAUCAGGCCGGAGAAUGUGAUCUGCGUUAAGUCUGGUGUGAGGCACCCUUAUUUUGUUCUAAUCGGGUGGGGCCAUGCUAUUCUUGAAGAUAGAGACCGCCCUGCCAUGAAUCUUCAUUUCUCAUCUACUUACGCGCUUCAGGAAGGAAAGCUAUGCUCUGCCUCAGAUGCAGAAAGCCUAGUUUAUAUGCUUUAUUUUUCAUGUGGUGGAGGUUUUCCUGACCUAGAUUCAGUAGAGGGAGCGCUACAAUGGAGAGAGACAUCUUGGUCAAGGAGAUCAAUUCAGCAGAAGCUUGGUGAUAUCUCCACUGUGCUGAAAGCUUUCGCAGAUUAUGUUGACAGUCUAUGCGGGACACCAUAUCCCAUGGACUACGAAAUAUGGUUGAGAAGGUUAAGGCGAAAUAUUCAUGAAGAAGAUCAUGGAAAGGAAAUUGUUGCAGCAAGCUAGGCUUUCCUGAAAUGAUUACUCAAUCAUCCUGAUGAGUUUCUCAUAGCAAUGCUUGGAGUUUUGGGGGGUGAAUAAAACAUUGAAGUCAGUGGCUUACUCUGAUGCUUAUGAUUUUUGUAUUCCUUGAACAAUUGGUUUGGGGAAUAGUUAGUGUAAUCCAUGAAAUGAGCAUAUCAUGAAUGCUCUCAUUGGUGUAGGUUGUUGGGCUAUUCUCUCUUCUACAAAUGUUGAGACUUGAUUGGUGGCAUCUUUGGGUAUAAGAAGAAUAGUCACAAUUUCUUCAUUUUGAGGAGCCAAAACAUUAACAUUUUUCUUCCUUUUCAUUGUUCUUAUGAUGAGUUUAUUAUCAAAGUAAAAUGUAUUGAUAACAUCAUUCGUUUGUAAAGAUAAUAGGUCUUUUAGAAUACCCUGGUGUUUA